AUGCUUAUUGAUUCUUAAUUAAGUUACGCGUUCUUUCCAUAAAGUUAUAUUUAGAAACAAGUACUUUCCGAAUCAAAAGGUAAUAAAAACAAUUUAUAGGGUAAGAAUUUCAAAAGCGUUGCAGUUACUGAAACGAUCAACAACAGCAAGAUUAUUGCUGAUACUUUUAGUGAUGAACAUAAUAUUUCACGGACAAAUACAUCAAUUUCUAUUUAUUCGGGAAGUGCGAUUCAUGAUAUUCUGAGACUUUGAACAGGUCACAUUUUGGCAUCAACAAUCAGAAUUAGAGCAAAUGGCGGGCAGAACCAGACUUUACCGACUUCUUAGAGAUGAUGAAAAUCCGAUGGAGGACGGAAUUAUAGCCAAACGUCCUCUUGCAGACGAGACUCCGCUGAAACAUAUUCGAAAUGGAUCUCAGAGAAACUCUCAGUGGAUCUCGACAUCAAGAUAUCUAUCUGAUGUUGACAAUUUUAUAAAACUUAAAAGAAAAAAGGAGGGAAUGUUAACAAGGUGUAGGGUUGUUGAAAUAGAUGAACAAAAAUUACAGAUACAUGCAGAAACAUGCAGAAACGAAAUGCAACAAAUUCAAAACAAUGUGAUGAAAAUGCUGGGUUAUAUACCUCAAAAUAUUGAUGCAUUGCUGCAUAAGUUUACUGAACAAACAAUAGGUGAAAUUCUAGACUUUACAGAUCAAAGUGUAAUGGACACACAUAUCCCUUUCAAUCCUUUAAGACCACAUGAAAACGAAAGGGCACGAGGUUACGCAAGGAAAUACAGUGAGGUUCUCGUUGAGCGCUUUAUUCCGGCGGACUGUUGCAUUUACAUCUACAACAGAUGAUUUAGACUUUAAAAUGAGAGGACCAACUACAUAAGAUAUUGACAAUCAUUGUUGCUAAUGAAGACAUUUAAUGGAAGUUACUGUUCAGCUUAAGGCUGACCACCACCAAGUGAGACUAUAUUGGACUACUAUUUAUUUUGUACUGAAUGUUAAUGUAUACAUGUUUUCUUUAUAUAUGGUUUUACUGGCAUAUGUCUUUUCAAAAACUUGCAAAGUCAUAUCAUAAUCAUGUACAAGUUGUCAUUACUCAUUUAGUGAAAAAAAUGUGUGCAAUAAAUCCAAUAUUGUUAUGUUUUA